AUGCCGCCAACAAGCCCUCAUAUCGUUCCGCGAGACUUCAAUGCGAGCGCCCCAUCCGUCGCGUUCUCCGACCAGUGGACAAACCCCAGCGAUGUAUUCUCCGUUCUCCUCAUUCUCGGAGGCGACGUCGUAGGUCGGGCGCUUGCUCAGCUCGCAGGCUCACCCGUGACUCCUGUCGCAUUUUCGUUCGGAUGGGUCGCCUAUGCUGUUACAGCCGUCGUCUCCGCUGUUGGCGAGAACAAACUAAUGCCCCUGCCCGACUGUGCGUGUAAAAUCAUCAACGGACGCACGGGGUACGUCCGGGAUAAUUCAAGCUGGGUUAUCGGUCGGAUCAUGCGGGACUAUGAAAGCUGGAUGGAUGAUGGGAACAAGGACGGGCCAAUUCAUACGCGCGUAAAGCAGAUGAUUGAUGAACUUUGGAAAUCAAAGAUAGAUAAUGCCGAGGCGGAGGAACCAGGAACAGGAGCGCAGGUUAAGAAACCAGCACAGGCCGGUCUUUGCGUGUCGGUGUACAAGGCUGGGAUUGCGAAACCAGGGUAUCCUGGCCGCGAUUGGGUCUACUGCCUUGGGCUUGCCACGAGCAUUGUCCAGCUAGGAAUCGCAGCAAUUCCUUGUGGUAUAUACGGGGACUGGGGCAUUCUACUGGUGACGGGUAGUGGGAUAGCGCUCUCCUUUGCUGUUGGCGCUCUCCCGCAGUGGAAGCGAGAGAAAUGGGCCUGUCGCCGGAACACGAACAAAGCAGUGAUUCUCACAAGAGGAAACGGCAGUCAGCAUGCUAUCGUCAUCAUUGGCGAUGAUGUAGGUCUUGACUUGGAAGAUCUCGCAACAGGCCCCCUCACGGCUGAUGUUUCUGCCUCGUUGUUUACAAGAGUGUUCUUGAUCGUUCUUGCUACACUAUGGAUCUUGCUCCUAAUCACGGCAGCCGGUCUACACCAUAACACCUGGUUUUUGCUCGCAGUCGGCGGUCUUGGUAUGAUCCAGAACAUAAUUGCUGCUGGGGUGAGGAGGUCACCGAAGAGUUUCGGUAUUCCAUUGAGGCCUCUGGUGGUUUUCGGACAAACCAAGGUCAUGCCGACGCUGUUCGCGGUUGAGGACGCAUAUCCCCGCGUGGGGAGGAGUAUGCUAAAGACUUUUUUCCCAGGGCCUUUGCGCCCAGACGAGAAGCAAAAGUGGGAGAGGUAUGAGAGACGCGCCAACGAUUUGGAAAGAUAA